AAAUUUAUUUCGAAAAUGCAGGAAGAGUUAGAAUUAGUGAUGCGAUGUAUCGAAAUAAUAAGAAUUCGCGAAAUAUCCUGUGAAAGUUGCGGAGCUUUGAGAAGAAGUUUUUCUAGAAGAAAUCCUUACUAUAAAUCUAUUUAUCGUCCAAAAACAGGAGAUACAGGUCGAAAACGAGACAAAGAAUUACCCAACAUCGAAGAUUUACAGUCUCUUGUACUCGCGUCUCAUAAAAACACUGGUCGAAGAAAAAUUAGAGAAAUCCAAAACUGCCAAAAAAAGUUUCUACGGAAGACACUUCGUCAAUUUCUAUAUAAGAAGAAAUCAACCCCUUGGAUUAAAAGAUGGAGAAAUAGAAAAGUAAACCCUGCCCAACCACAAAUACAGCAGGUAGACGGUGGGUUCUUUGAAAGGUUCGGUUCGUUGUUGCGGGAAAGCGCAGAAAUCGCCAAAGAACAAGAGCAAAAAGAGCAAAUAGAAUGUGCCGAACAAGCUGCUAAAGUAAUUACAAAAAUCGAAGAGGAAACUGAAGAAGAUGAGGAGAAAAAGGUCAAGAGCGACGAGGAAAACGAAGAAGAAGAAAUUGCUCCGUCCGAUACUGAAGAUAAUAAAGCAGACUACAUUGCUGUCGGAUGGAAUAUCGACGAUCUUUAUUUAGAGAUUUUGUACGAAAUUCUUCACAAUGUGGGUUGUGACGUAAGCUACGAUAUCGGCCAGACAGCCUUAUUUUCAUAUAUUCAAGACGCGUUCAAAAUGUCCAACGAAAAACACGAGGAGCUGCUGGCCAAGGCCGAACAGAAGGAAGCUCCAGACAUUUUACUAAACGUAGAAAUAAUCGAAGCCAAAGAUAUCGCACCCAAAGACUCCAGCGGUUUUACCGAUCCUUUCGUCACAUUGUAUCUCACAUCAAAUUCCUCUCAUCGUUACAACACAUCAGUAAAGACUGAAACGCUAAAUCCUGUAUGGGAAGAGCACUUUGCAUUGCCGGUAACGGACAAGUCAAUAGAAGAUACGUUAUGCUUGGAAGUAUGGGAUUUCGACCCUGCCGAGUCUGUCAGAGAAAAAUUGGGUAAAAUGUUCCAAGUGAAGGGUAUAAAAGGGGUGAGAAAAUUCGUAAAAGAGGUGGCUGUUACAGCGACAACGGGCCAACAUACGAACGAACUUGUCGGAAUGGCAAGAAUACCUCUCAAAACAAUACCUGCCUCCGGAAUGACAAUGUGGUACAGUUUAGAUAAGAAAAACAAGUUAACGAGGCAAGGAGUGGUUAAAGUGCACUUAGCAUUUGGGUCGGAAAAGAAUCAACAGGUGGCAGCGCAAGAACACAGGCAUUUACUGCGAAUACUGUUACUCCACGAAUUAGAAUCAUCUCAAGUCAGUCCUUACUGGUGGUGCGGUAACUUUAGCGGUCAAGCAGAAGCAAUAAUCACACAGCAUAGUGUUCAAUCGGGUCUAACCGUGACUGACGUUGCUUUGUCUCAAUUCGCGGUUUAUUCGUCAAUUCACAGGGACCAUCCUCUCAAUUUUGCCUUAUUUUCAAAUCUCAUCGAUAAACUGAUCAAGCCCAUCCAAACGAUGACCGUUUCCGAAGAAGAGGCUAAACUGUUCUGGGAUUCGGUCAAAAGACUCUUACCUUCCUGUUUCGCCACGAUCCGCAAGAUCCGAAAGAAGUGUCCGAAUGAAAAAGCCACCCUAAAGAUGAUCAAGGAGGUGCUCAAAAUUUUGUCUCAACUUAUCACCAUCGAUCCACCCGAAAACUUUAACUUAUUUCCGGCCAAUUUGUAUGGAUGGCUGUCGUAUGCCGGAGAAGGACCCAACUGUGAUAUUAAUGCUACGUUAAGGGAUGCAAUUUCUCAGGGAGCAAGCGACUGGUUUAAUUAUAUCCUCGAAAAUAAUCAAACGUCCGACAAUAGCGAAGAAGGAAAAUUGCAGAAUAUGCUCAAGAUUAUUCAAUUGGUCAGGGUCGAUUUGCAAAGAGCUAUCGAGUAUUAUGAUCGGAUGUUUCAAGAAAUAAUGAAUUUCCAAUAUGCCAAGUGCCUUUACAUCUUGUAUCAAGUUAGGAUAGCAACAAUGGUAGAACCGGAAGUAGUGACCAUGUGCAAAUCCCUUAAAACAAUUAAUUACGAUUGGAACUGUUUUUCGGACUCGGAAGCAAACGAGCCCUUAGCGCUAGGGACAAAACUAUUCGAGUUGUACUUAGCCCUUCAACGUUUCGUUGUUCUGGGUCAGGGACUAUGUCCAGCUGAUUACGAAAGCUUCCAUAUAAGAAAUUUCUACGAUUGGUUCCACGGGGGCGUUACGCAGUGGCUUGACAUUGCCGUCUUUAAAGCCUUAAAACGAAUAGAAAAAGCCGUCGAAUUGGAUAAUCUCAAACCAGUGGAUAAUACAGUAAAAUUUAGUUCUUCCGCAUUAGACACGCUCACCAUUUUUCAUCAAAUUAAAAUUUUUUGGGAUCAACUUAAUUGGCCUGAUGUCGAAGGAUCCUACACGUUUAUCGCCAAAAUAAUUGACGAUAUUUGCCGAUGUUGCGUUUUUUACGCAGACAGAACGUCUCAAAGGGUGGAGGGCUUGGGCGAUAGAGUGGACGUGUACGAGAAGAGAUUCGAAGUGACCAGCGAGUGGUGCCUUGCGAUCAACAACAUAGAUUACGUACGUCAAUCUCUCAAACCCUUCACGGACAAAUUAGGCAUGGAGGAUGUUAUACAGCAACUAUCCGAACUGAAAAGUCCAUUGGACGCGCAAAGAUGCCAACACACCCUCAAUAACGUCAUAGAAAAUUCGAUAGAUACUGUUCGAAACAAAAUAAUUGAACUUUUAGAAACUGUCACCAAUAAGAUGUCGCCGGCUAUGAAGAGGCUGCUAGUCGAGGGUGCCGAACUGUUUAGUCAAGAUAGCAACAGUAUCGAUAAGGUGAUGAGAUAUUUGGAUAACAACCUUGCCACUUUACACGAACAUCUAAGUGAAGACAAUUUCAACAGGAUCCUAGAAAUUAUUUGGGAAAAUUUGGCGGAAAUUUUAUCUGAUUUGAUUCAAUCUAAUAUUGACAAAAGAAGACCUCCGUCGUUCUUCGCGAAUCUACGAAAUACCCUCCAGUUAAUGGUUAAAUGUUUCAAGCAAUCUGAGGGCGAUUCAGAAUGCGACCAACUUAAAAAAGUGGAAUACUUGUUGUUUAUAAACGGUCUUGAAACGUCGGAGUUGAUACAUCAGGUUCAUUUAGACAGAUGGAGAGAGCAGCAAAACAUUAAACAGGGUCCCUUUGGUGAAUUGACCGUGAGGGCGAAGUUUGAAGGAAAUGUUUUAUUUGUGGAAGUGAUGAAUGCCCGAAACCUUCAUCCAAUGGAUUCAAAUGGUUUGUGCGAUUCUUUUGUAAAAGUGUGCCUACUGCCUGAAGAAAAGUUUACCAACAUCCAAAAACCGAAAACGCAGACGCAAAACAAAACUCAGUUUCCACUAUACGACGAAACGUUUAAAAUAAAUCUUACAUCUGAGCAAAAGAAUAUAAAAGACGGACUUUUACUGUUCAGCAUAAGAGACAAAGACCUAUUUGGAAUGAACACUCAAUUUAUUGGAGAAGCCUUUCUCCACUUCAACGAAAUUGCCCAAUCUACUGAAUCCAUUGAAAGCCAUCCACAGUUACAAUUACCCAUACACAGGCCAACAAAUUUAAAUACAGAUCUGAUGAAAGCUUUAGAAAGCAGACAGGGUGAUAAACUAGCCAAAGAAUUUGUGAAAAAAUUCAAACAGAAAAUGGUUAAAGAAACAAACUAAUAUUUUUAAGACUGCCUUUUUUUUAAAAAAUUUUAUGCCGCUUAUAAGUAUUUUCUAGUUCUUUAAUGUAAACGCAUGGAGUAGUACUUUAAAAAAAUAAUUUUAAUAUUCUAGACUUUUUUUUAUUUGUCACAUUUUUAAUUUGUUUAUAUUCUAUAUAUCUACUAUUUUAUUUAUUCGAAAAUGUUUUAUCGUUCUAAGAACAGACGUUGUAUUAGUGUACGUAUGUAUUUUGUAUUUCGCA